AUGAUGGUCAACAGAGGGAAGUUCAAUUGUGGUGGCUGUGCAUCAGUUCCCAGUAAGGUGGCAAAAUACCCUUUGCGGGGUUUGGACAUACACCACCACGCGCCGCAGUUUGUGCAUGCAGAGAGGCCUGUACUUACUCCACUCAACAGGCGUCCCUCUAUCCUGCACCAUCAUUCCUCUCGGAUCCGGCGUCUGGACUCUAAAGUAUCAUCGAAGCUUGCCUUCCCAAGUCAGCCAAAUGGCGUCACGAAACUAGCCACCGUUCGCCAUAUGCCAACGUCGGAUACAUACUGGGAACAGUAUUUCGUUCUCUUCGACUCUGCAUCGGAUGUUUUCUCCCUCAUAACCCCUCACCACGUCCGCCGUGCUCUCAGCGAAGCCCCCGAGAAUGUCGCCACAUUAAUUCAAGUUAUCACCGCCCGCCUCUUCAAUCUGAUAUCGGACCACACAUUCCCGUCUUCGACACCAGCAUCAGUGACGUCCUAUGCCACAUCUUUCAUCAAGAGCGCAAGUUCGUCUCAUGAGAAGAGCCCUACGAAGGAGGUCCUGAAUUGUGUGCGCGUCCUUCAGCGCGUCCUACCCGUUGUUUUCGAGGUGCAAGGAGAAUCCAGUACAUUUGAGCAGGAGGUUAUAUGGAAGAGGGAAGAGGUUUGGAACAGAGACGAACCUGCUGGGGAACCGCAGUUCGUCAUCGAGGACGAGGAUGAAGAUGAGCCUCACAGCGAGAAGCAAACUGAAGGGGCAACCUCUCCCAAACCGAAACCAAAGACGAAAUUCCUGCCCUCAUUAGGGGAAAGGCUCUUCAACGCCAUCACAGACCUUUUGUUUUGCUGCGGAUUCACGCUACCCAAAAGCAUACAGGUAGAUCACCAUAAGAUUAACUAUGUCAUCUGGGAGAAAGGUGUCGGGUCGACUUCAUCUCUUGGUAACAACACGGCAUUCGAUAGCAAUAAAACCGAAGUGUUGCGCCUACUUCUUGUGCUUCUUUCCCGUCAGGUAUACAUCCCUGCUGCCUCUCUUUUCACCAAGCCCUCCUUGGCCUCCCUCCAUAUCGUUCAGAAAAUGCCUCGGCGUGAUGUGCUUACAAUUUUAUGUUCGCUACUCAAUACUGCCAUGAAUUCGAGCACAACCGACACUAUCACCAUCGGAACAAUAGCAGGCAAACUGCCCUAUAAUCAUCUCGUCUUUAAAGGCGAAGACCCCAGGACAACGCUCAUAUCAACAUGCCUGCAACUACUGUGCGUGUUGCUGGAUUUCCAGAGUGGGUCUGCAAGGGACCCCAUCGUCGAUGGCCAGCCCGCUUCUCCGACUGCGAAAACAAACGCGUUCAGAUACUUCAUUGUGAAACUACAUCGAACUCAAGAUUUUGAAUACCUGUUUGACGGAAUGAUGGGCAUUCUGGAGCAGCAAACUGCAACGGUUAAAAAUCUCCUUCCAGGUGCUAAAAAAUCUCUACCUUACAUGACGGAAACUAUUAUACUCUUUUGGAAGCUUAUCGAACUCAACAAGAAAUUUUGUACCUAUAUCCUGGAGUCAGAGCGGUCAAUGGACUUCAUUGCCCAUCUCCUGUUCUAUUGCGUAGAAAUAAAAGACAAACCUGAGCAACACGGUGUAUGCAGGGCCAUUUCAUAUAUCAUACAAACAUUGUCAGCGGAACCAGGCUUUGGCUUCAGGAUCACCAAUCCGAUUCGGGUUCAACUGCCUACGAAGUGGGGCCCAGUGGACACUGCUGCCGAUUUCCUUAUCCAUGCAGUUUAUGCCGUUGUAGCAACAACCUCUGGCGCUCUGACGUCUUUAUAUCCUGCCCUUAUCAUUGCAUUAUCGAACGCAGCCCCUUUCUUCAAGAAUAUCGGCGUUUCAUCAUCUGCACGACUUCUACAACUGUUCAACUCUUUUUCGAAUCCUCUUUUCCUAUUAUCGGAUGAAGGCCAUCCAAGGUUGCUUUUCUUCAUGUUGGAGGUUUUCAGCUCGGUGAUCUACUACCAUCCUGCUGAAAACCCAAACAUCACCUAUGGGAUCUUGCAGUCGCGCAAGGUAUUCGAGGACCUGGGGACGUUCACUUUAACUCGGGGUCUCCGCGAGAUCCAGAGAGUACAACUGGCGAAAGAGGAACUGGCCAAGAAAGUGAACAACCCCAAGGCCAAGGCGAAGGUUGAGGAAGUCGAGCUUGCGGAUGCUGGUGCAGAGAAGGCCAGACUAUUGGAAAGCGAAGGAGCAGGCCACCGUGGGUCACAGGAAAGAGAUCUAGAGGUUGGUGGUAGUCCGCGUACAUCUCAAGAUGAAACGACAACGAGGUCGUUUGUAUCCCCCACGUCUGACAACCCCUACGGAAAUGUUGGAUCACCUAUAUCAGAGAAGGCUCGAGGGAAAAUGAGAGAGAGGCGGUCGUUGUCUGUCGACACUAUCAAUCCCUUGGAUCGGGCCGCUAUCACAAUCGGUAGGAAUGGCUUUGUACCAACUCAGGAAUGGGUCACAUCUUGGCAACAAGGACUUCCUCUAGACACGGUCAUGAUUUUUAUAUCGGACGUCAUCCAAAAGGUUGAGGAUAUGCAAAGACACACGACCAUACCUUCGUCAAGGGUCAUCGAGUUUCUCUCGCACAUAAAGUUGGACCACGUCUUUCCGACGAAGCCGCCCAUCUCUGCUCGACGAUUCAUGUGGUCUGAUGCAUCCUUGGUUUGGCUGACGUCGUUGAUAUGGGGAGAGAUCUACGUCCGUGGCAUGACUCCUCUUGGGAUAUGGAAUGCGACAAAUGUUCGCCUCUUCUUCGUUAAGCACUCACAAAGCCAUCAGCGCCAGAUUACAGAAACUGUGACCAAUGUUGUCGGAGGCUUCUUACGAAGGACGUCAGAGACACAAGUGCGACAACGUGGUUCCUAA